GAGCGACCAUCUUGCUCCUGCCCCUGACAGUCUCUCUGGUUGGGGGUCACCGGGACGCCAAGACUUGCCUGCUCCCUCGCUGACCAUGCUGUCCCGGGUCGUACUUUCUGCCGCCGCUGCAGCGGCCCCCUCUCUGAAGAGCGCAGCCCUUCUCGCUCCGGGGGCAUUGCAGGCAACGAGAAUCUUUCACACAGGGCAGCCAAGUCUUGCGCCUGUCCCACCUCUUCCUGAAUAUGGAGGAAAGGUUCGUCUGGGACUGAUCCCUGAGGAAUUCUUCCAGUUCCUUUACCCUAAAACCGGAAUAACCGGACCCUAUGUGCUUGGAACUGGACUGAUCUUGUAUUUUCUGUCCAAGGAAAUAUAUGUGGUGACCCCAGACACCUUCUCUGCCAUAUCAACAAUAGGGUUGCUUGUCUUUAUGGUUAAAAAAUACGGUGCUUCUAUUGGGGAAUUUGCUGAUAAGCUCAAUGAGCAAAAAAUUGCCCAAUUGGAGGAGGUGAAACAGGCUUCCAUCAAGCAAAUCCAGGAUGCCAUUGAGAUGGAGAAGUCCCAGCAGGCCCUGGUCCAAAAGCGCCAUUACCUUUUUGAUGUCCAGAGGAAUAACAUCGCUAUGGCCUUGGAAGUCACUUACCGGGACCGGCUGCAUAAAGUGUACAAGGAGGUGAAGAACCGCCUGGACUACCACAUCUCUGUGCAGAAUAUGAUGCUUCGGAAGGAGCAGGAGCACAUGAUAAACUGGGUGGAGAAGCACGUGGUGCAGAGCAUCUCUGCACAGCAGGAAAAGGAGACCAUUGCCAAGUGCAUUGCAGAUUUAAAGCUUCUGGCAAAGAAGGCUCAAGCACAGCCAGUUCUGUAAAUGCGUCUCUCCCGAUGGAGACAGAAACACUGACUGAAUGGGAGCGGGUCUGUGUGACAGAAUCUCUGUAUUGCUGACUGCUGAAGUUACAGCUGCUCUUUCCUUAAAAAUGAAAACGUUCUUCAGUACCACAUAGUGAGAGAAUUAAAGUAAUCUGUUGGCCUGAGAUGUUUCUCAUCCUUGCUCUGCAUUUUGGAUUGUUCCAUGAUUACUUUUGAAUGAGCAGUUUGCUUUUUAAUAAAAUUUGGUACCUGAGUAAAGAUCACCACAUCCUAGUUUAACUCUGUAAUUCUACCAUCUUUCAAUAAAGUGACAGUUAAAACAGG